AUGUCGGCGCCCCGAAUGUCCCCGACGCCCGCCGGUGACGAUCAGGCAGCGGCGAGUGCCGGCCCAUCCGUCGUCGCUCCUGCGCUUGCGCCUGCCUCUGCGCCUGCGCCUGCGCCUGCGACCGCCGUCGCACCUCCCACUGUGUCCGCACAGGUGCCCGCCACCGCGUCAGCCACUGCGCCUGCCACUGCGUCCAGUGCUGCGCCAGCCCCUGCUCUGCCAGCCGCUGCGCGCGAUACUGCUCCUACCACAUCCGCCUCGGUAUCUGCAUCUGUGCCGGGCGCUCCUGCCGGUGCUGCGCCAGUGUCAGCGCCUACGCCGGCGCCCGCGACUGCAGCUGCCGCCGCCGUCACAGCUCCGGGAAGCAACACGCCUGCACACCCCCUUGCUGCGGCAGCCACAACCCCGGGCGUUUCUGCCGCCCCACGCGUCGGUUAUGCGACGCCCCCUAUGGCCACGCUGCCACACCCACCAGCGGCAUCGGUGCCGCAAAAGUCCUUGCCGGCGCACGUCGGCCAUCCGUCCCAGUCUCCUGUCCCUGCAGGCAAUGCACUGACGGGCCAGUCCAGUCCAAUGCACCGCCCCGACAGCGGAUCCAAGUCGAGGGCCAUGGACCUCAACUUUGCCGACAUUGCUGCCGAAGCCUCUAGCGGCCGAGGACCCUUUGUCCAGAUGCAGCGCGUCGAUGCAAAGGUCCUGACGGACGAGCUCGAGAUCAUCAUCCGGACCAUCGUCGAGGAGAGGGGCGAGCCGCUGGUGAUCUACAACCAUCACGUCGAGUCCGGUUUCUGGGACAGCGCUCACUUCGAGCUCGACCACUUCCGGCAGCUCUCUGGCGGCGCGACGCAGGUCCCGGUGCGCAACCUGCUGACGGGCCAGGACAUGCCACUCCGAAUAGAGGAGCUGUUCAACUACGCCAAGGUGGCCAAGCCGCAUAUCCUGUCGCACGACACCUCACGCCUCUACUGCAAGGAGCUGAAAUGCCCACGGCUGUGGCGCGACAAGGUCAACGGCAUGACGAACAAGGGGGCCAGCCUGCACGAUCUCGGCGACGCCGUGGCAAUGCUUCAGGUGCACCAGCGGCCCGACACGAUGCAGUGCCACUUUGGCCCCGGGGACACGUGGACGCCGUUCGGCCGCGACGCCUGCUCCAGCCUCGGGCAGAACAUGAUGGUCUACGGCGACGCCGGCUCGUCGUCGAUCUGGUUCGCCACGACCAGCGAGCAUUCCAAGGCGGCGGAGCGGUACCUGGCGCAACUCGGCCGCGACAAGCAGCCCGAGGGCUACUGCCUCACGCUCGAAGAGCUCCGUGCCGCGCCGUUCCCCAUCCACGUGGCCGAGCAGACCGUCGGCGAUCUGGUGCUGCUGCCGUCGCGGUCGAUGUAUCAGAACAUCAACAAGGGCGGCCGCACACUCAAGGUGGCCUGGUCCCGCCUCACCGUCCCGAGCCUCGAGACGACCCUGCACGAGGACCUGCCGCUCUACCAGCGCUUCUGCAAGAAGGAGAUCUUCCGCGUUAGGGCCGUGAUCGAAGCCAACCUCAAGAAGAGGUCGAUGACGCUGCCGGGCGAAGGCGAGGGCUGGAUCCCGGAACACGACGGCCGCACGGCCGAAGAGGUGCGCACGCUGAUCAUGCUCUACGAUCAGAUCCUGGUCGACGAGUACAGCCCGGACUGGCAGACGCACACCGUCAUCGGCUCGCCCGACGCCUACGUCGAGUGCGACUUCUGCGGGGCGCAUGUGCUGCAGAGCUUCUUCGAGUGCCCCGAGGGCAACACGCUAUGCCCGAUGUGCUACUGCCAGGGCCGGCUGUGCCCGUGCAGCGACCCGCUGGCGCUCAAGCCGAGCCAGCUGCACCCGUUCACCUACCGCCUCGAGAUCCGCAAUCAGGCCGUCAGGAACUGGCUCCAGGCGGUUCCGCCGCACCACCAACAGCUUGGAGAAGUACCGAGGGUGAUCGAGGAGCGCGACCUGAUCGAGUCGAGCUUCCCGCGCAGCUACACGGCGGCCUGCAAGCUUCGCAAGCUGCGAGAGAGCCCGGAUGUGGCCUUCGCCACGUGCCGGAUCUGCAAGGCGGUGCUCAACAACACGAGCCGCUACAAGUGCCGCCCCUGCCACGCCUCGUACUGCUUCGGCUGCCUCCUCUUUCGCUUCUACAUUCACCCGGUCUAUGCGCUGGCCCAAAACAACCCCGAGCGCUUCCACGAGUACCACAAGGGCCCCAGCAAGCAGGACUACGACGAGUGGAAGGCGGACCCAGACAGCUACCGUGUCGAGGCGAGGGUCAACUUUGACCUGAUCGAAGCCGCCCUCACCAACCUCCGGUGCAAGCCCAUCGUCGAGGGCUGUCGGCUCGGAUUCCUCGACCAGACCGACGAGUACCCCAACGGCACGUCGGGAACGUUGCCGCCGCCGCCACUGGGAGGCGAGGCCGCCAGGCUCCGGCAGCUGAACAAGCGGCAGCAGGAGCUUGGUUCGAGCCCGGCCAUGGGCAGCGCCCUCAAGCGUCCGCGCAAGUCUAGCCCGGGUCCCCGGCAGGUGGCUCCCGACACCACGCCGGCUCGACUGAACGGCAACGGCCCGGGGGUUCCGGGACCAUCGACCGUGUCGCUGCCCACGACACCGGCCAACGGUAGGCAGGCUGCGCCGGCCAACCUGCCGUCGGUUGCAGCGUCUGUGGCGAUCCCGGCGCACCGCACCCCAACGGUCCCUUCGACCACAGUCCCGGGCAGUGCGGCUGCGUCACAGCGUCCCAACAAGGUGGUGCACCACCACGCGCCGGCGGCUGGCGGUAGCUCGAUGGCGUCGACGCCGGCGCAGAUGGCGGCGAUCAACGGCCCGCUGAACAUGGUGCUGCCCUCGAUCAGCGAGAUCUUCAACCUGCUCGACAAGGAGAACCGCAAGCGCGAGCUGCUGGCGCAGCAGCGUCACAUGCAGCUGGUGCAGCUGUUGCACGACAACGCGGCCAAGAACGAGGAGCGGUACGAGAGCCUGUGCAAGCGGCUGCGCACGCUCGAGGAGCAGAUGGACGACCUGCUGGACGACAUCACGCGAGGCGCCGAGAUGCAGGCCGAGGUCGAGCAGGGCGGGAGCGCGGGCGGACAGCAGGGCGUCACGUCCAACACCAGGGGCGCGAGGGGCGACUGA